AUUGGUCGCUUACCAGGCGUGAAAUCGGUCGUAUAAACAAACAAAAAAUUUUCUACGUUGAUAGGGAAAAACAUUGGGUGCGAGUGUUGGAUGGACGACAAAAAAAAGAGAAAAAAAAAAGAGAACAAAGAAGGGAUUUUCAAACGAGCACGUAGCUGGAAAAACAGAACUUUCGAGGAGGGUGGUGGUUGAUGAUUCCCUUUCUCUUUGUUCUUCGUUGAGAGAAAAAAGAGAUUCCCAAAAAAGGAAAUAAAAAAGUAGAAAAGGGUUGAGGUUUAGAGUGAGGUUGGAAAUAGGAUGGGGGGUAGGAUACGCAAACGACAGGUUUGAAAAAAGAAAUAUAUAUAUAUAUAUAUAUGUGUGUGUAUAUGUGUGAAUAUGUUUGUUUGUGUGUAGUCGAUUGACUAAACUUUUGCAUGGGGGAAUUGUGCGACGACUGUGCAAACAGUGAUAAUUACACCGGCAAUUAAUUCGGGCUGCGGUUGAUUCGAAUUUACAGGAAUGGCAGAAUACGAGGAGAGCAUUAACGUGCGAAGGGAUAAGCUAAGGGAUCUGAUAUCGAAAGAGGAGAUGGAACUGACGCGGGAAAUUGUCGAGCAAGCCCAACAUGGCGACGAUUUUCGAAUGGAGGAAAUGAGGGAGGAAACCGAACGGCUUAAGAAACAACAGGAGGAAGAACGUUUGGCGUUAUUGGCUGGGAAACGUAUUCAACAAUACAUCGAACGUUGUCCGGAAUUGAGGGAACAGUUGACCAAGAGAUUCGCGAAAGAUGCUAAGAAUUGUAACCUGGUGCAAAUGGCGGAUAACGAGGCUAAGAGACGAGCCGAGAACGAGUUGGAAGAACUUUGGCACGAAUUGAUGUUGAGGGAGAUCAAGGCUAAGGAGGACAGGGAAAUCGAGGAAGCGAAAAACCGUUUUCAUUUGGAACGGGACGCGUUGACGACGUUGGCCAAACAGGUGGCAGGUAAAUUGGCUUUGGAGGAAGAAGAGAAACGAGUUAAGAAAGAGGAGAGAGAAUAUUUGGAACAAUUGUGGGAUAACGUUAGGAAAGAGGAAACGAAUAGAUUGGAAACUGAGAGAAAGAAACGGGAAGCUUUGAAAAAGGAAUUGGAGGAACAGGCUAGCAGAGCCAAAAGAAUAUUGAUGGAACGCGCUAAAGAGGAAACUAAGAUAGACGAGACCUUGAACGAUCUGGCGAAGGACGAAUUGAAACGCGAGAAACAAGCCGAAAAGGAAAGUUCGAUCGCACUGAGGGAAGAAUUACUCGCUUAUUUGAAAUAUCUCGAAGAGUUGCGCGAAGAGGAGGCUAGGAGAAAUUUAGAAGUUGAUAAGAUAAUCGAGGAUUCGAUGAAGGACGCAAACGCUAGAAGAGACCUGGCUGUUAAAAGAUUCAAGGAGAUGCGAGAACGAAAUUUACGCGAGGUCCUUCUAGGUAGGGAAGAACAAUUGAAAUGGAAAAGGGAAUCAAUGGAUAAAGAGAAACGUUUUAUCGAGGAAGAGAAAAUCCUUCUGGAAAAAGUGAUCGAGACUGACGCCAAAUUGUCGGCUAUCGUUAAGGAAGAAGAGAAAAGAAAAAUGAUUUGUUACGGUAAAGAAUUGAAGGAACAACAGAAAUAUUACGAGACAAUACGUGCAAGGGAACGCGAGGAGGACGAGAAAAUCUAUCGGGAUGGUUUGAAACGUGAGGAAGAGUAUAGAAAGUUAAACGAAGUAUUGUUGAAAGCAACGGAAAACGUUGCCAGGCCGCAUCCGUUCAACUCACUCCUCAGGGAAUACGACACUCGUCGUCGUCAACUAGUUCCUGAGAAACGAGAAGAAGGCCUCUGUUAUUGCCCACCUUCUUUACCACUACCACCACCACUACCACCAUCUAUUUAAACUUUCCUACCAUCAUCGACUAAGUAAUUUUUCUAACGACCCACCUCCUUCCCCGAGCCCUUUUCCUCUCAACCUUCUUGUCCUGCUUUUGCACUUUUACGAUGCCCCCCCCCACCACCACCACUACCACCCCUUCACUCCUUUCUUCUUGUUUACCAGUUUCUUCCGUGCCCUGUACAUGUCCCCUGUUCUCUAUGUUUCUUUGUGUAUUGCCGUCUAUGUAACACACCAACGAAUUACCCGAUAAAACGAUGUAAUUUUAGUCUUUUAUUAUACUUACCCUGUCUUGUUGUUGUUGUUGUUGUUGUUAUCGUCGUCUCCUUGUCUCUUUCCCUUCGACUCCUAAGAGUCUCUUAUCCACUCUGUAUCUUUUAUAGCACGAAAAGUGAGCUCCUUCUAACGAGGGAUAAUACGUCUACCUGAUCCCGUACCGGGAAUUUAUAUUUUUCU